GAUGGAGAAGUUGAUAUGUUGAGAAGUUCAGUUUAAAAAUCGUGUUGUUUCACAUUAUUAUAAUUUUAAUACAAAAAGAAUAAAAUGUAUUAAGUUUGAAUUAUGAGCUGCGUGGUUGGUUUCAUUCGUCUUGUUGAUUCUGUUCCAUGUCGCUGGAACCCUCUGUGCGUCACUGGCUGUAGGUCCCAGCAGACCCCGUCGCACCCCGUCAGCACCUGAGGAGACGGAACCCUCCCGGCUUCUCCUCGACUCCUCUCUCCGGUGAACGGCGGCUCCGGGCGGGUGAAGACGGGGGACGGAGGCCGGUGGUCCGUAGGUAACGGAGUCAGAGAGGAGCUGCCGUCUUCUCAGACUGGUCGGUAGAAGUAUAACCAAACGACCCGGGCAGCCAAUGAACAUAAAUGGUGCGUCGUGACGCAACAGGGCCCCGUUGAUAAGGAGCGGAGAGUCCAACCGGGACUGGAGAAGGAGGGACGGAGGUUUUGGGGGCCAACACUCGCCUAUCAUCAGUCAAAGUAAAGACAACUCCUCCUCCUCGGCGGCUGCGGAAGCGCACGCGGCCUCCUCCACUCAAGACUGAACAUUACUGAGGCGGAAAGUGUCCAGGACAAGAAGAGCGGCCGGAUUGUAUACAGCAGAGGCCGUUUUGUUCAUUAUCAUCCUGAGCAGAGCUGUGUAGUUCGAGCGACGCACCCGGACUGUUCGACCGGAGCACGACCAGCUCUAUGGAAAUAUCUGUUUUGUUCCUUGUGACUGUGGCUGCUCCGCCUCGGCAGUGACACUCGUGGGAGAAACUUCCCUGUUCUCCAGGAGAAACGAAGAGGGACAGAUAUCCAGUGGGCAGACUGUCCCCAUCCUGACAUACUGCUCCCGGCGACGAGGACGCGUCGGCGCCGAGAGCGCGCGGCAGAGUUGCUCCGUUUGUUCCGCGUCAAUGGAAAAGAAAAUAUAGAGCGAGCCGCUGCUAACGAAUACAAAUGACAUAAAAUCAUAUCUGAGAGAAAAGAGAUUCCAGAAGGAGAAGCGGCCUCUGUGCGGUUGUGUAUGAAUUAAUCAUGGCUUAUUAAUAAUGAGAGCUGCGGAGAUUCGGAUGACGGUUACCAUUGGCAGAUGAGACGUAGUGUGGAGAACACGUGUCCAAUUUCUUCCUCCUAUUUUUCCUGCCUGAUCUGGAUUUCUCACUUGUCACGGCGAGACGGGAAAAGCUGCAGAAAGCGAGACUCGUGAUCCGAGAGUGUCCGUGAACGCGCCGCGGUUCGCCUCUGAUGGACAUCGCGGCCUGUCGAGCCGAAGAGAACAGUUACAACAUCCUGCCCUCGGCGGCGACGAUGCUCUUCCACGGCCUCCCGGGAGGCGACGUGCACGGCGUGGUGGACGAGCUGGACCGGAGGGGAAAGAGCGAGUCGGCGGCCAUCAGCUCGGCCAUCGACAUGGGCGAGUCGGAGACGUCCAUGUCGUGUAUGACCGGCGAGCGCGUGGCUCUGUGCGCGGGCUGCGGCCGGAAGAUCGCGGACCGCUACUACCUGCUGGCCGUGGACAAGCAGUGGCACAUGCGCUGCCUCAAGUGCUGCGAGUGUAAACUCAACCUGGAGUCCGAGCUCACCUGCUUCAGCAAGGACGGCAGCAUCUACUGCAAGGAAGACUACUACAGAAGAUUUUCGGUGCAGAGAUGCGCUCGGUGCCACCUCGGGAUCUCGGCCUCGGAGAUGGUGAUGCGAGCCCGGGACCUGGUCUACCACCUCAACUGCUUCACCUGCACCACGUGCAGCAAGAUGCUGACCACCGGGGACCACUUUGGCAUGAAGGACAGUCUGGUGUACUGUCGGCUGCACUUUGAGACUCUCAUCCAGGGAGAAUAUCAGACACACUUUAACCACGCGGACGUUGUCCCACACAAAGGCCUGGGCCCGGCCAACACGCUCGGACUAUCCUACUUCAACGGCGUGGGGACGGUGCAGAAGGGCCGGCCGAGGAAGAGGAAGAGCCCCGGGCCAGGCACCGAGCUGGCUGCUUACAACGCAGCGCUGAGCUGCAACGAGAACGACGGCGAGUCCAUGGACCGGGACUCCCAGUACAGCUCCAGUCAGAAAACCAAGCGGAUGCGAACAUCCUUCAAGCACCACCAGCUGAGGACCAUGAAGUCCUACUUCGCCAUCAACCACAACCCAGACGCCAAGGACCUCAAGCAGCUCGCCCAGAAGACCGGCCUCACCAAGCGGGUCCUCCAGGUCUGGUUCCAAAAUGCCCGGGCUAAGUUCAGGAGGAACCUGCUGCGGCAGGAGAGCACCGGGGGGGACAAGGCAUCGGACGGCUCCACGCUGCAGGGCGGGACGCCAUCGGGCCCGGCCUCGGAGAUCUCCAACGCCUCCAUGAGCCCCUCCAGCACCCCCACCACCCUGACAGACUUGACCAACCCCACCAUGCCCACCGUCACCUCCGUGCUCUCCUCGGUGCCGGGCGGCAUGGACGGCCACGAGUGCCGGAGCCCAUCACAGACCACGCUGACCAGCCUCUUCUGAUGGACAAAGCCCCUCACCACCGCCUGCCCUCCCCCUCCCCCGGAUGUAAAACUGAGCACUGUCUACUUCUUUGAACAUUAAACGGAUUAGAAAAGUGAAGGUAAUGGAAAAAAAAGAUUUCAUUUUGCUCUGAGCCCAUGAGAGACUAUUUGCAUCGUGAGGCAGGCGAGCCUUACAAACGGAACACUCGUUGUUAUUUUGAUGUUGUCUUGUCGAGAACUGAGACUUGAUUUGCAUUUUUCAAUGUUUACAGAAGAGACUGCGGGGGGAAUGCUUACUUUUGGGAAAUUCUUUUUUUCCAGCACAGUAUUUAUGUUGUUGUACAAGAGUCACUGUUAGAAGGAUUGUAAAAAAAAAAACCUUUUUUGAAAAUCUGAGAUUAAACACAGGUUACGAUA